AUGGCCUUUCCUCCGCCAGCGCAUCCUGGACCUGCCGAGGAUCAGCUACUAGUGUUGCAGGGCGACCAUAGGUCCUCCCAUAUUUGGGAGGGACAACUAUCGAUGCAGGCUCUCCGCCCCAGGAGGCCUGAUGAUUUGUGCGAGUUUAUUGCGGGGCAUCAUUUCCAUGAGCGCGUAGUAGAGAGCCUCCAGACUACGGGAUUAUAUACCAUUUUUGAGCUUGGACGGAUGCAGCUUGAUUGGUCGCUCAUCACGGCCUUGGUAGAGCGGUGGCAUAUGGAGACGCAUACAUUUCACUUGCCCACUGGAGAGGCCACUAUCACGCUGCAGGAUGUCCAGGUUUUAUACGGACUGCGUGUAGAGGGACGCGCCUUCGCACUGCCCCACCACUGGAGAGGGAUGACACGUGCACAGUUGGCGGAUAUGAUGGGGCAGUUGACUGGUUCUAGACCUCAGGGUGACCGGGGUGGCAGUCGCGUUGCUUUGUCAUUCAUUAGAGAUCAGAUGGCGGAUUUGCACCCAGAUAUUACCCACAAGACAGAGCAUCUUUGGAUUCAGAGGUACACUCGGUUGGCGUUGCUCCUGCUUUUCGGGUGUGUCUUGUUCUCGGACACUUCGGGGAGUACAGUGAGUAUGCGCUUUCUCCAUUGUCUUGAGCAGCUGGAUGAGCUACCCCAGUACAGUUGGGGUGCUACUGUUCUGGCAUAUCUGUAUAGGAGCAUGUGCCGGGCGAGCAUAGGUCCAGCGGUUGAUAUAUGUGGUUUUCUGCCCCUCCUACAGUUCAUCUGGACGCCAUACAACAUCGAGUUGCUUGGUCAGCUACCCGCUUGUUGCUCAGUCGACCGGCUGAUUUGGAGCACCUCCGUCCCGAUGAUCUUCUGGGAUCACGUUGAGUAUCAUGCCACGGAGCGUGUGCUUCGACAGUUUGGCCUUCCUCAGCCUAUACCGAGGGAGCCUGGAUGGGAGGCUACACACUAUCAAUGGGACGACCGUGCCAGCAUGGACCGGUAG